CCUCCAGCAGCCGAGCAGAGCGGACUGAAAGCGCGCGCGAGUGUGUGCGAGUGUGUAUACUGUGUGUGGCGUGUGUGUGUGAGUGUGGUGUGUUUGUGGGGAGAACUUGGACAUUGUCAUCAUCAUCAUCAUCAUCAUCAGGGUUCGUGCUCAAACUAGGAGACGCGAGAAACUUUGUGACAGAUGCUGAAGAACCUGGAGACCUGGAGAAAGUACGUUACUCUAUCUGGAGUUGUUUGUCUCGGAAAGACAGAAACGGAUUCAUGACUAGAUUUCGGAUCUGACAGAAGACAUAAGACACGGCAGAGAGAGAGAGAGCUCUGUCCUGUCUUCACAGCUCUUGGGUGAAACCCAUGUUUGCUGCGGCGCACUCUCGGAGGCUGUGCGCGCGACACUUCCGCUCCUUCACCGCCGCAUCUUGAGUCAUGACUUCUGGUUAUGCAGCGCAUGUAAUGGACAGAGCGAUCACCGCGGCCAAUCUGGACCAUUUGCACGCCAAGAAGAACUUUUCCGUCAGCCACCUGCUGGAUCUGGAGGACGCGCGUGAGAUGGCCGGAGCUCAGGCCGAGGAGAGCAGCGCGGAGGCGGGCACAGGGAGCCUGGAGUCUCCGGGGCUCACCAGCGGUAGCGACACGGCGCAGCAAGACAAUGAGCAGUUGAACUCUGAGGAGAAGAAGAAGCGGAAGCAGAGGAGAAACAGGACCACGUUUAACAGCAGUCAGCUGCAGGCUCUGGAGCGCGUGUUUGAGAGGACGCAUUAUCCUGACGCCUUCGUCAGGGAGGAUCUGGCGCGCAGGGUCAAUCUCACCGAGGCUCGCGUGCAGGUGUGGUUUCAGAACAGAAGAGCUAAGUUCCGGCGUAAUGAGCGUGCGCUGCUGGCCAGUAAAAAUGCCUCACUGCUCAAAUCCUACUCCGGAGACGUGACCUCGGUGGAGCAGCCCAUCGUCCCACGGCCGGCGCCGAGGCCCAGCGAUUACCUGUCCUGGGGAAGCUCACCUCCGUACAGCGCCAUGGCCUCCUACUCGCCGUCAUGUGCCAACAACAACACGGCGCAGGGCGUGAACAUGGCCAACAGCAUCGCCAACCUGAGACUGAAGGCCAAGGAGUACAGCAUGAACCAGGUGCCGACCGUCAACUGACACAGGAGAGCGGGCAGAACCCAGGCGACGUGUGGCACCGAGCUGCUGCCAUCCCUAACAAAGACCUUUCACACGAACGCUUCUCUCUGUGAGGACUCGGAGACUUGCGAGAAAAACAUGUUUAAAGAAAACUUCUAAAGCAGUGAUUGACGUCAGCAGCGCUCAUACAUUUGGCAGAGCGAGGAAAACUCAACUCGAUUUAACUCGACUCAACAGGAAAUGGAAAGUGUGUGUUUUCUCGUUGGCCAGGGCGUCGCUCCUACAGGAGGAACUUUAACUCUACCGGUCUGGAGACUGAAGCAGCUCCAUGGAGGAACUUUUUGGAAUGUAGCAAAGUAAAUCUCAUGAAUGUUACUUUCAGGUAGCCUUCAGGACUUUUCCUUGAUUUCUCUCUGGACGUAAUCGUGACUGCAGACUGGAUUGUUUUUAUUUUAGGGAAAAUAUACCUUUAUAAUGAAUAUACUAAGAUUUUGCUGUUGGGUUUAUGUUACUGAUGUGUAUUUUAAAGUAUGUCAAAACAUGCAUAGGUCCACACACACACACACAGCAACACAAACAGGAAGCACACACUUUGCACACACAUACACAACACCUUGGCAACUUGUAUAGAUUUGUAUUCAAAAUAAAAAUACUAGGCAUGUAAAGGUUGGACAGUUGACCAAUCAGAGGUCUUGUCUUAAUAUUUACCGCACUGCUGAGCUGAUUUAAACCACACGUACCAGCUGAUAAAUUGUUUGGAAACUCCCUGUGCCCGUCAAUCCCAGUGCCAUAGAAGGAGGCGUGGCCUGUAUGCCUGUCAAUCACAGUCCCAGGGAAGAGGUUGUGGACUGUGUGCCUGUCAGUUAUAGUCCCAGGGAAGUAGGUGUGGCCUGUAUGCCUAUCAAUCAUAGUCCCAAGGAAGAAGGUGUGGCCUAUGUGCCUGUCAAUCAUAGUCCCAGAGAAGAAGGUGCGGCCUGUUUGCCUGUCAUUUGCAGUCCCAGAGAAGGAGGUGUGGCCUGUAUGCCUGUCAAUCAUAGUUCCAGGGAAGUAGGUGUGGCCUGUAUGCCUAGCAAUCAUAGUCCCAGGGAAGAAGGUGUGGCCUAUGUGCCUGUCAAUGAUAGUCCCAGAGAAGAAGGUGUGGCCUGUUUGCCUGUCAGUCAUAGUCCCAGGGAAGAAGGUGUGGCCUGUAUGCCUUGUUAAUAAUAGUCCCAGGGAAGGAGGCGUGGCCCAUAUGCCUCUCAGUCAUAGUCCCAAGGAGGGAGGUGUGGCCUGUGUGCCAGUCAGUCUUUGCCCCAGAGAAGGUGGAGUGGCCUCAGUGCUUGUAAGUCAGAUAGGAGGCAUGGCUUGCAUGUGUGGAGUUCAAGCUCUAGUCUUGUCUUAUGAUGGAAAGAAAAUAUAACUUGUUGCUUUACUUCUUUCUUAAGACUCACCGGCGUAGGCAUAGCAAGGAUGGAAGUCAUGACACAUACAUGCUGCAUGAUCAAAAUAUAAAUAUAUGUAAAACUCAGUGAGGGUGUUAAAGACCUCACCACACUCCAUAUAUGUGCCUGAGAGUUUCAGUGAAGGGGGCGUGGCCUGUGUGCAAGUCAGUAUGAACGAAGGUAUGGCCUGUGUGACUGUCAGUCCCAUUAGAGGAGGUGUGGCCUGUGUGUAUCAGUCUACAGGAAGGCGUGGACUGUGUGAUUGUUUUCUUUUCAUCAUAAUCACAGAGCUUGCUAGAAAACACAGCAAUUUUUUUUUCUUCAUAAAGGUUCUUUUAGAAUACAAUUUUCAUUCACUUUUUGCAUUACUUCUUUCAUGAUUUAUAUUUGAUACAACUGCUAUCUGCCAUAAACAUAGCUGUUUGUCGGUCCCUCUGAAAGAGGCGUGGCCUGUGUACCUGUCAGUCCCUGUCCCGGUGAAAGAGGCGUGGCCUGUAUGCAUGUCAGUCCCAGUCCUGGUGAAGGAGGCAUGUCCUAUGUGCCUGUUAUUCCAUGUCCUGGUGAAGAAGGCGUGGCCUACAUAUGCCUCAGCCUCAGUGAAAGAGGCGGGGCUUCUGAGCUUGUCAGUCACAGUCACAUAAUUUUCAUGUAUCAUGCUUACAUCGUUUCUCUGUUCAUUUAUCACUCAUCUCAAAACUAAAGAUCUACAGCCCUAACAUAAUACUACGCAAUUCCACCUGAAUUAACACGGAACAGGAUUGUGUGUGUGUGUGGCCUUUACUUUUACCUUUUUUUGUAUAUGGCCUGAGUAUAUCUGAAUCUGUAAUAUUCUUAUGCAAUAAAACAUCUGCAAGCAGCA